AUGCCGAAGUUUGAUGCAUUGAGGACUGCGGCUAUGAGGUUUUCCUUCUUGCGGGAUCUUUAUAAGAAAGUUGUUGGAGAGAGGCGAUACGAGCAUGCAGCCAGGUUGUACCUGCUGCAUCUUAUCGGCGCGACGUUGUUCGCCGACAAGAGUGGAGGAUACUCCACCACCGUUCGUUGGAUCGACAUGCUGGAGCAUCUUGAUCGGGUGUCUGAGUUUGCGUGGGGCGCCAUUGCGCUUGCCACGUUGUACGAGCAGCUUGGUCAUGCCUCACGCAGUGGGACCAAACAGAUGGGUGGUUACACGUCACUGCUAUUAGCUUGGGCCUUCGAGCACAUCCCAAACACCCUGAUUCGCCGGUAUGAGGACCCGAAUUACACGGAGGCGCAACCUAGAGCUUGCAGGAGGAUUGAGUCACGGAUAGGGGAUGCUAGGCUGGAGGAGAGGCGAGUUCUAUUUGAUGAUCUGACGACAGCUGACGUCAUAUGGACUCCAUAUGAGGAUCACACGGUUGAUCGACCCUGA